GUCGAUUUUGGGACAGUGCUCCCUAACCUCACUUUUUUCCGCGCGAGAAAAAUUAUCAGAAUUUCUUAUUUUUUGAGGAUUUUUUUUUACAUUUUCCAAGUUUUAUUAAAGAAACAAGAUAAAAGAAAAAGUGAAGAAUAGUUUUUAGAAAUAUAUUCAAAGUGUCGGGGUUUUGUUUGUAUGAUUUCGCAAAUGUUCGUCAUAUGAAUCGGUACUUGCUCAAUAUUUCCUAUUUAGGAACUAAUUUCCGAGGCCUCCAGAAGACUAUCAACAGGAAGAAUCCUCUGCCACUGGACAACACAACAGUUCAAUCUGCCUUAGAAUUUGCCCUUCAACGUCUGCGUCCUGUGAAUGAGAUUGAAGUGGUCCCCUCCAGUCGGACAGACAGUGGAGUUCAUGCCCUUCAUUCGACAGUUCAUGUGGAUCUUCAGCGUCCCAAUGGCAAGCCAUAUGACCAGGACCACAUCACAGCACUUUUAAAUCAAUCCUUCAAGCGAGAUGACAUCUUCAUCAGGAUUCUGAAUACAAGGCGAGUUCCGGAUACCUUUCACUGCCGCUACAGUGCCAAAUCUAGGUCCUAUCUCUAUCGUGUGGCAAUUGCUAAGGAUUUCCGCGUGGCUGAGAAGCUACAGAGCCGUGCUGGGAGGCUGAGUUUCAUCCCAAUUGAAGAGCUCAACCGAUGCCUCUUUGUUCCAAAUCCAUCUCUGGACAUCGAGAAGGCAAAGGAAGCAGCAAAGCAGAUUCAAGGCUUCCACGAUUUCCGAACUUUUAUGUCCACAUCGAGAGACAACAAGAGGGAUCAUCCAUUCUUUGCCCUGAGAGAGAUUAAAGAGAUCUCCAUCAGUCCAGGAAAGCCCCUGACAACCCAAGAAAAUUCCUCGCAUGCCCAGGAACUGUACAAUUUCUACGACAUUCGUUUUCUGGGACGUUCUUUUGUCUACCGGCAAGUUAGAAGAAUUGUAGCGACUCUGCUGGCCGUUGGGGAGGGUAAACUGACCCAGAAGGAUGUGUAUGAGAUGCUAACCAUUCCCAGUAAGCACACUUGGCCAUCAUCUGUUCAAAUCGUCCCUCCGUACGGACUCUAUCUCACAAAAGUCACGUACAACGAAGAGGACUUCCUGUUCCCGGAAAAUGAGUCUCCUGGAGAAGAUUCAAGCACGCCGGCAAAAUCUUCGCUCCUGUGACACUCUAGUCACCUUUGCAGAUGGUUCGCAGGUGAUUGAACGGGCGUCUGAGGUGAUAGCUACCGGAAAAUCAUCAUUUGGCUUUGUUGUUGACACAAAACCCGAUCCAGAAGCUGCAGAAAUCCUCCCAGGCUGGCUCUACCUCGGCUCCCAGGACGCUGUGGAGAUGAAGCAACUGAUUAAAUUAGGUAUCACGCAUGUGCUGAGCGUAGGGAUCGAAUGCCCAAUCUUCCUGCCCCAUCCCAUUGAGAAUCUUCACAUUGCAUGCCUAGAUGUUCCGGAAAGCCCCCUUUCUGGUGCCCUCCGGGAAGCCAGGGAGUUUAUCAAUGAUGCGAGGCAAUCUGGACGCGUUCUAGUCCACUGCAAUGCAGGAAUAUCAAGAUCAACAGCCAUUAUCAUUGGCUAUUUGAUCCUGGAAGAUGGAAUACCCUUCACUGAAGCCCUGGAAAUGGUCAGAACCAAGAGACCUGCUGCCAAGCCCAACCCUGGCUUUGUAAAACAACUCCAGGAGCUCUCCAUUAAAAUUCUAGGUCACUGAACUGAAUAGUCUUAUAGUAAAUAAAUAGAAAGAAAA